AUGUCGUCUUCUACUAGCCGCCUCUCAUCCCCGUCUAGGCCAGCGCCAGCUGUUCCAUCACAUGAUGACGCUGUCAAACAAGAUGCUCAUACUUCCGCUGGCCCCGAGGGCCGCAGUAGCACCAACGGGAAUGGCACCGGGAGUGCACGCGAGCAACAGAGCCAGUCUAGGGCGAAUUCCCUAUUACCCCUAACUAUACUGCACCCCUCGACUCCUCCCGCAUCUAUAGACCCAUCAUUGCGUCCAAAGCCUCUCCACCUUCAUCAUGGCAGACCUCUGCAUAUCUCCUCCUCACCCAAUUCCGUUACUUCCUCACGAGAGACGUCUCCCAUACCGCGCAUACCGCGCUCAGCCAUUGCUCAAUCAGGCGCCCACUCAUCGGCGUCCACAUCUCGAUCAAUCUCCAGGUCACGCAAAGGCAGCAGGGACCUUAGUAUCCCCCGUUCUCCAAGCGGAGCUGCCGCCACCUCUCAUUCUCAAUCACAAUCACAGAACGGCCAGAAGCAGCUUGCAGACGUUAACAAGGUCUUGCUUCCCCCGCCGGUUGACACACUAGGGCGUCUCUCUCCAAUCUCCCCGUCCUUUACAAACAAAUCAAUCGAUUCACAGUUCCAACGCUCCCCAGGGCUGAAACCACCUCAGCCACAAUCUAAUCUAUCAUCCUUCAGCCUGCCAGACGGCGUCCCUGAGUCAACCCGACAGCCAAACAAGGAGAAAGAUAGCAGAUGUCAGCAGCAACAGCAGCAGCAAUCUCAACAACAGCAACAACAACAAUCAGAAAAGCAGGCUGAAGACCCUGAAGAUAGCCAAAUGCGGAGCAUGAGCCGUAACCUUUCCCGCACCGGGAGCGUGACGGGUUCUAUGCUUGAAACUGUCGAAGAGGCUGGAACUCCUACACCGACCGAUUCUCAUAUCACUCUAGAUUCUAAACUAGAUGAGAAAGAGCGCGGAAAAGAUGACAUCGCAUCUAAACCUGGUGGUGAAAGCGGCUCGGACUCGAGUGGGAAGAGGAGAAUGGCUAGAAGGCCCUCAGAUCCUCAUAGAAGAAACCCUUCCGUCACAGCACGGCCGAACGCUGGCGAUGUACUACCAAAGCGGUCAUUUACCUCGUUAAGCUCCACUCGCGGGAAGCCGGGGGAAAUAUCCACGACCAACAUGACUGUCGAGACCGAGACAGUUAGUUCUGUUCCUCAGGUACCCCUAGGUGGCCCAGCAACCGAGCGUGGAGGAGCUGGCACAUUGAGAGAACGAAGAAGUGAUGAGACAAUCCGGCCAAAGAAGGAGAAGAAGAAGUCGAGAAAAACCACUGUGCCACCCGGAGGGAUGUCCUCGAAGGCGGAUAUCUUCGAAGCCAAGGUUGCUAGUGCUGUAGAUGAUGCGGACUCUUCCGACUCUGCCGAGACGUUUGUCUACGAAUCUAAUCCCCGUGACCCUCAUCCAGCCCGCCAGCAUAGAUAUCAUUCUCGAACCCCUUCUGCUGCUUCGGCCGUUAGCCAACUUGACCAGUACGGUGGCCGCACUCGUUCCGCACUUCGUGAUACGCCCGGUUUUCAUGGAAUAUCUGGCAAGCGAAGCAUGAAGUUUACUAACAAUACCUACAGCACCUUCGAUGGUGAUGAUACUAUGUCGUCCGGACGCGGUAGCUCAAGAGUUAAUGGCCAUAAUAUUCAUACCACUAGACAUCAUACUGGCCGACAUGCCCGUAAUGGGGCAAAUGCAUCGCUAUUUGACCACGCACGUUUCUUCUCUUCACAACAGACGCCGGCAUCUAAGGGCUUCCGAUACUCCUCAAUAAAUGGCAACAGCGCACCCCAUCGGUUUUCCUCCAAGCAAGAUGGCGAUUACGGCUACGAUUUUGAUGCAGAGGGUGCUGAUGACGAACGUACACCCCUGGUGAAUGGCUUUAAUGGGCGUAAUAUUCGCUCCCGCCAUGGCCGUCGACCCGGCAGUUCCAGCCUCCGACAAUUAGAGUACAUGGAAGAACGACGCCGUGGAUGGUUCGCCCGGGUUACACUUUGCACCCUCCUACUUGUACUUGUCAUCAUUCUUGGAGCCGGAACUGCCGUAUUUGUCAUUGGUGUGACCAAAGCGUUGACCAAUGUACAAAUCCGUGGAAUUCAGAACGUGCUUGCUUCAGAAGCUUUACUGAUGUUGGAUCUAGAUGUCCAAGCAGUUAAUCCAAACCUUUUUGCCUUAACUGUUAAUUACCUAGAUGUGAACAUUUUUGCAAAAAGCAAGUUCCUAGAGGUGGAGGAAAUGGAUUUGGGGGAAACGAGACUUCUGCCUCGUACAGGCGAUAGCAAAUCGCGAGCUAUUCUUUCUCUCGCCGCAAGAGGGCUCGAGAUUAACCCUGAGCAGCGACAAACAACUGAAGGGGGUGUCGACAAAGGCACAGACCCUAUCCACGAUCCGUCUGCUCCCAAUCCACAAACUAUGUUAUUGGGUCGGGUUUUCCACCUUGAUUCUCCGCUUACGUUUACCCCCUCGCCCUGGAAACACCUUGCAUCCAACUCAACCGCCCAAAUCCGUGUUCCAAAACCGGGAAACAGAACUGAGGAAGGCGGUUCUUUGCGCUGGGAGAAAAUCCAGCAACACCCCUUUGAGUUGAUUGUUCGGGGCGUUUUAAGAUACGAGCUUCCACUCAGUUCAAUUGUGCAGAGUGCGCCCGUCAGUGCAAAAGUUGCCGUUCUACCAGACAAAGGCAACACAAAGCCAUCUUCAACAUCGACUGUCACUCCAGCAGUUCCCACGAAAACAGUCACGGCUAAAGCGUUCACGGAGACCUCAACUUCUUCUUCAACCACAUCAACACCAUUGCCUUGA